AUGAGGAAUUUGGCUAGUCUCCAAUCUGAAGAGUUAAUCCAGCGGUUGAAACCCCAUGUCGAUUUUCAUGCAGGAGGAUUCGCCGAUGCUAGGGAGGAAGAAGUAGAUGGGGUCAAGGAAGAGGCCCAUGAUGCAGAUGACGAAGAAGAUGUAGUUCCAGAGGGUCACACAUUUGAAUCUUGGUUCGAGGAUCUGGCACCACCAUGA